CUAAUUUAAAGCAGUACUUUAAAAAAAAGGUGCAGCAAGCAAGUGGGUUGGAAGUGGCAGAAAAGAAUAUUCACACAUGCACACCAAUAGGUGGGCAAAAGUUAUAUUUUGGAGAUCCAGGUACACAAAGGAGAAGGAACAGGUCUGCUGCAGAGGCUGUACAUGGUAAGAAGGCAGGGAGUUGCCCUCCUUGCCUAGAUGUGUGAGAGAUAAACACAGAUCAAGGGAAGAUGGGCAGAUAAUGCACAUUUGACUCACAGCCCAGGCGGCGGCGGGAGCAGCAGCAGCAACAGUGACAAACUGCAGACACUUUUGGAAACCUCUUCUUACUGGACACUCUGUGGCUGCAAGUGCUUCUUCCCUCCUAGGAAUGCAGCACUGCCAACAAGAAGACAAACAUAUGCAGGUGGCAUUUACUCCCUGCAGGGCCGUGAGGCUUCUGACAACAGCAAUAUUUCUCCUGGCUAUUACAGUUGUUGCGCAGGAUGAGUCGCGGAUCAUCGGGGGCCAAGAGUGCCCCAGGCACAGUCGACCCUUCCAGGUCAUCCUCUCAAACAAGAAGAAAAAUGGGCCAGAUAUUAUAUGCGGAGGUGUUCUGAUAGACAAGGACUGGGUGGCUACUGCUGCCCACUGUGAUCACCAGGGGGUCAUCCACAUGCGGGUGGGUGAUUACAGCCUCCGGGCCAAGGAGGGUUCAGAGCAGUGCAUCACCUCAGCGCAGAAAUUCCUAUACCCAGGCUACAACCCCACCACACAUGACAGCGACAUUAUGUUGAUACGACUGCGCAAUUCUGCCAUCAUCAAUGAAUAUGUCCGGCCCAUUCAACUGGCAACCGAAUGUCCCAAGCCUAACAUUCCUUGCGAGGUGUCCGGCUGGGGGACUACAAAGACCCCUCAAUCAGAGUUUCCUGACAUCCUGCAGUGUGCACGGGUCUACACAAUGUCGAAUGAAGAGUGCAACCAGGCAUACCCUAAUUCCAUCACAGAAAACAUGAUGUGCGCUGCUGUGAGUGGAGGUGGUGUGGACUCCUGCCAGGGUGACUCCGGUGGGCCACUAGUGUGCAACAACAAACUCCAAGGCAUCAUCUCGUGGGGGAUGCAGAUCUGUGCACAACCUGGCAAGCCUGGGGUCUAUACCAACAUUUGCCGGUUCACCAGCUGGAUUCGCAACACCAUACAGAGCAACUCGGGCAACCGCACUGCAAGCACUUUCUAGUGCAAUGGAGAGAUGCGCUGGGGGCUCUUGCUCUCAGAAUAAAGAUAUGAAAUCUGA